AUGAACAUCCAGCUGUUUCAGAGCGUGUGGAACAUAUUGAUGCGGAUCCGUCGCGGGUGGAGGGACCAGGCCCCGAACCAGAACCAGAACCAGAACCACCAGCAGCAGAACGGCGUGGCCCGCGCCGGCAGCGAUAUGAUGGGCUCGGGAUCGUCCCAGCCCGACGUGGUCGUGGUCACCAAUGAUUUGACCGACUCGGACAACUGGACCGCGGCCAGGUUACUGCAGCAGCUGCGGCGCGAGGGCAAGCUCAACUGCAAGAUAGUGUGGAUCGUCGAGCCGCGACAGGUGCUCUUGGGUGUUGCCAUCUCGGAGGCGGAUCAGUUAACAUGUCGAGGCCUUAUCGAAAAGUAUUUCCUGCAAAACAUGGAGAAGAGCUCUAGACCAAAGGAAUCUCUCAAAAGACUCCUUCGGGGAUCACUCACGAGAGACGAGAUCGACAACACUGUUGAUGAUCUAGACGAUCGAAAAAUGCUCUACAACGCCAUCAGGCCGGAUCCCGGAACCAAGGAAGAUGCUCUGCUUCAUGCGAGACUAAUGGCGUAUGACUUCUUGGAGUUUUUACGCUCUAGCCCCGGUGGUUUUAAGGAUGAUGGGGUCGAUGUCUUCGUAUAUGAGGACACGCUGGAUACGACCGAGCCGGCAGUGAAUCUGAAGAUGCAUAAUCUGCACACGUUGGAUAAGAUUCAGAUGCCAGUAAAUCUGAAAGUGCACCAUCCCGAAGAGUUGAUCAGCCGCAGCCGGGAGGAGUUGGAAGAGCACAAGGCAAUUAUGCAGGAGGAAUCCCUCGACACACGGACUACCCUGCUCCGCAAAUGGUACCGGCAAUGUAUCGACACGCAGCGCGAGGUGUGCGAUCGAAAAGAAAUCAGGACUCUCAGGCUAGUCCUGCUACGCCAGACCAUUAGACAAGCAGAUCGACCGCUCUAUCUUGGGGGUUCUUCCAUGCGGCUCCUCCAGCAACUUCUGGAGAAGCGGAAUGUAACCAACAAGCUGACAUGCUGUUUUCAAGCGGGUACAUUCAAUCUUGCCAACAACCUAUUCUCAAAUCAGUUCAACAUUGCGAUGAACCCGAACGCCGCAAAGCAGGUCUUCGAGAGAGUAGAUCAAUUUCGGAAGUUCUAUGUUGUCCCCACAGACACCACCCUCGACGUCAAGUACUCGCUUAAAGGGCUUGGCGAGAGAGACAGAGCGCUGGAGAGGAGAUGUCUGGGUUUCAACUACCACGUUGACCCCGAAUCACUGGCGCAAGACGAUAUUCGCCUAGCCAAGUGCCAGCCGAAGGAUGUUGUCAUGGCUGAUCUGACAGCCUUCCUCUGUGCGAUUCAGUCAUUCUUAUCACUACCUCACGGGAUUCCUCGAGAGAAGGCAAUCCAUAAACCAGCAGCUUUCACGCCCAAGCAGGUUCUCCAGUUUGAGCCUGACGGCAAGAUCGAGGCUUACCAGAUCGAAGGUGCGAAGCCUCUGGUCCUGGAUCUCGUCAAAUUACUUUUCGGAGAGAAUGAGAGUGGGAAGGGAUGA